AUGCUGCGAAGACAUGCAGGCACCGCCCUGGGAGUGCUGUGGUUCUGCCUGGCAGGAGCCGUGGAUGUGCAGGUCCCCGAAGAACCCGUGGUGGCCCUGGUGGGCAGCAACGCCACCCUGCGCUGCUCCUUUGUGCCCGAGCCCAGCUUCGACCUGGCACAGCUCAGCCUCAUCUGGCAGCUGACAGACACCAAGCAGCUGGUGCACAGCUUUGCACAGGGCCGUGACCAGGGCAGUGCCUAUGCCAACCGCACGGAGCUGUUUCCGGAGUUGCUGGCACAGGGCAACGCAUCUCUGCGGUUGCUGCGUGUGCGUGUGGCCGACGAGGGCAGCUUCACGUGCUUUGUGAGCAUCCGGGACUUUGGCAGUGCAGCGGUGAGCUUGCAGGUGGCAGCCCCCUACUCGAAGCCCAGCAUGACCCUGGAGCCCAACAAGGACCUGCGGCCCGGGGACAUGGUGACCAUCACGUGCUUCAGUUCCCGCGGCUACCCUGAGGCAGAGGUGCUGUGGCAGGACGGACAGGGCACGCCCUUGGCUGGCAACGUGACCACGUCGCAGACCGCGAAUGAACAAGGCCUGUUCGACGUGCGCAGCGUCCUGCGGGUGGUGCUGGGCGCCAACGGCACCUACAGCUGCCUGGUGCGCAACCCGGUGCUGCGGCAGGACGCGCACGGCUCCAUCACCGUCACACCCCAUAGAAGCCCCACAGGAGCCGUGGAGGUACAGGUCCCCGAAGAACCCGUGGUGGCCCUGGUGGGCAGCAACGCCACCCUGCGCUGCUCCUUUGUGCCCGAGCCCAGCUUCAGCCUGGCACAGCUCAGCCUCAUCUGGCAGCUGACAGACACCAAGCAGCUGGUGCACAGCUUUGCACAGGGCCGUGACCAGGGCAGUGCCUAUGCCAACCGCACGGAGCUGUUUCCGGAGUUGCUGGCACAGGGCAACGCAUCUCUGCGGUUGCUGCGUGUGCGUGUGGCCGACGAGGGCAGCUUCACGUGCUUUGUGAGCAUCCGGGACUUUGGCAGUGCAGCGGUGAGCCUGCAGGUGGCAGCCCCCUACUCGAAGCCCAGCAUGACCCUGGAGCCCAACAAGGACCUGCGGCCCGGGGACAUGGUGACCAUCACGUGCUUCAGUUCCCGCGGCUACCCUGAGGCAGAGGUGCUGUGGCAGGACGGACAGGGCUCGCCCUUGGCCGGCAACGUGACCACGUCGCAGACGGCGAAUGAACAAGGCCUGUUCGACGUGCGCAGCGUCCUGCGGGUGGUGCUGGGCGCCAACGGCACCUACAGCUGCCUGGUGCGCAACCCGGUGCUGCGGCAGGACACGCACGGCUCAGUGACCAUCACAGGGCAGGCCAUGACGUUUCCCCCUGAGGCCCUGUGGGUGACUGUGGGGCUCUCUGUGUGUCUCGUGGCCCUGCUGGUGGCGCUGGCCUUCGUGUGUUGGAGGAAGAUCAAGCAGAGCUGUGAGGAGGAGAAUGCCAGAGCCGAGGACCAGGAAGGGGACGGAGACGGAUCCAAAACAGCCCUGCGGCCUCUGAAACAUGCGGAAAGCAAAGAAGAUGAAAUCGCCUGACCCCGGAGACCCGGGAGCUGCCACCCCCGUCGCUCCAAGGGACGUGGUGUCACCUGCCACCUUACCUCUCCUGUGACAUGAUCCCCGUGCUGCCUCAUUGCCUUAUAUCUUAGGGGCACAGACCCCUCACCGCCUUCAAGCACCAGGACCACCCCAACCACUGGGGCUGGCUUG